AUGAAGAGUUCCUGCAGAGCUGGUCUCCACAGGGAACCACUGAAUUCCACAUCCUCCACCUUCCAUCAAGUCAAACGGGUUUCUGGUAUGCACUUAAAGCCAUAUCUCAAGUUACAGAAGAAAGAGCGAUCCCCAGAAAUAAGCCAAGACUCCCUGCGUGGCCACCAGGGAUCAGCACAAGGAGAAAAAUAUACCAACUGCACCAAACUGAGCGUUUUCCCCAAACCCUCCCUCGUGGCUCCAUCUCAAAAGCUUCUGGGGAUUAUUUAUCCAAAUACUAUGUGCAAUAUGAACGGGAAGGGCCCAGCGGAUGGUCUGAGCGCAAGGGACAAGAAGAACACCCUGUCUGCCACCAUCCACCAGGGGGAAGAAGGGGAAGGGCCGUUGGAUGUCUGGGCUGUGGUGAAACCUGGGAACACGAAGGAGAAAAUCGCCUUCUUCGCAGCCCAGCAGUGCAGCAGCAGCCGCCUGGGCUCCAUGAAAAUCAAGAGCACGUGGGACAUCGACGGGAGGACGGCCAAACGCAGGAAAAAAUCAGUGGAUCUUAAAAAAGCCAAAAUUCAACUGGAAAGAAUGAGGGAGGCGAAUGCCAGGUGCUCCCAGCCGGAGCCUUUUGCCUGUGGCAUCGAGCACUGCUCGGUGCACUACGUGAGCGAGAGCGGAGAGGGAGUGUUCCCGGGCCGGUCCCUGUCGGUGAUAGAGAUGGUGGCCUUCCUGGAGCAGAGAGCAAACGCUUUACUGGUAGACUGUGCUAAAACCUGCACGGCUGCUCCUGCCACCAGGCUGAGUGCUCAACCCAAGGGGACCCUUCCCAGCUCCGACCCGUUCUCCUCGGCCGCGGCCUGCGAGGCGCACGCGGAGAGGGGACCCUGCGGCCCCGGCGAGCAGCAGGGCGAGCCCGUGAGGGUGCUGGACAUGGUGGCCAACGACAACGCGACCCUUGAUUGUACCACGAAAGAGCGUGUCAUGUUCCCAAAGCAGAGCCUGCAUCCCGCUAGGAAGGAGCCCUUGUGCAUCAGUAUAUCAGUCUCCAAGACUGAGAAGGGAUGCAGGAAAGAGAAGCUCUCCAACUCCUCUUCCAGUGAGGAUUCCCUCCCAGGGAGGCUGUUUCUCCUCGAGGCUGAGCAGUCUGCUGCACGUGAGCAACAGGCGCCGCGGGAAAGCACCCAGGAGAAGGCAGGAGGGGCAGCCCAAAACGAGGAUGAGGAUGCUUUGGCAUCUGACAGGUCGUGUGUCAGGAGCAGUGUCCCUACAGAGCCAUCUGCCCUCCCUGUCCCUCCCCCAGAAGGGGCUUUGCAAGUACUUGAUGCUUCCUGCCUGAAGAGGCAGGUUUCGCAUGACUUUCUGGAGACUAGGUUUAAAAUCCAGCAGCUUUUGGAGCCUCAGCAGUAUAUGGCCUUCUUGCCUCACCACAUCAUAGUGAAAAUCUUUGGAUUGCUUCCUACCAGGAGCCUGGUUGCCCUAAAAUGCACUUGCUACUACUUCAAGUUCAUCAUUGAGUACUACAACAUCAGGCCGGCGGACUCGCGCUGGGUGCGCGACCCUCGCUACCGAGAAGACCCUUGCAAGCAGUGCAAGAAGAAGUAUGUCAAGGGGGAUGUGUCCCUGUGCAGGUGGCAUCCCAAGCCCUACUGCCAAGCCUUACCCUACGGGCCUGGCUACUGGAUGUGCUGCCACAGGUCUCAGAAGGGCAUCCCAGGCUGUAAGUUAGGUCUCCAUGACAAUCAUUGGGUUCCUGCCUGCCACAGCUUUAACCGUGCUAUCCAUAAGAAAACCAGAGGAGCAGGAGCCGAAGUGGAAGAGGAAUAUUAGUGCACAUACACUUUCCUGCAAGAUUGUUUGGGGUAGGAGGAGAUUCUCAUGCCUUGUGCUGUUUACAGUGUAUAUAAUUGUUGUGGUUUUGUUUUGUUUUUUGUUUCUUUUUUUUUUUUCCACAGGGCUAUGAAACUGCACAUACUUAAACACAAGAGCCUUUACCUUUUAGAUUAAAGAGAGCUUUUAGUCCAUCUCUGUAAAUAACACUAUAAAAACUAAUUGUACAUACAGAGUCUCCAGCUGGCUGAACAAGGUAACCCUACAAUGCAGCUCUCCCAGUGUUGCGGCUAUAGGUGUGUGUGUUUUUAAGUGUCUCGUUUCAAAAUCUGUAUAUCCUGUAUAAUAUAUGAAUGUUUCUGAGAAGAAACUCUAAAUAGGUAAAGGUCAACUUGUUUAAAGAAGCUGCAGACAACUUAACUGGACAACCUGAAACUUUAGGCUAGAGAACAGAUCCAUUAUAGUAGUGUGGCAGUGGAUUAAAAAAAGAUCAAAAAAGAAAAGAGGAAUAUUAUUGUAUAGUCAGGAUAUAAAAGAAGUUUUUGUCUACCUUACCCUGUUGUCUGGUUUGGAUUU